AUGAAGAAUUCGGCUUUCUUUGCCGCCACCCUAGCCGCCGUCGCGGCCAGCGCUACGGGCAUCGACGAUGCGGACAAGGUCAACUGCGCCAGGCCCAACGCAAACUACUGCAUCGGUGGAGACAUCAUCCUGCGCUGCGACGAGAAUAGCAUCGGCACCAAGGGCCGCUGCUCCGCCAACGUCUCUGGAUACCCGCCUUUUGGGGGCACCGCCGAGUGCUUCGAGAGCUCCGAGGAGGCAGGCGACGCUGCUUGCCAGAAGAACUGCGUCGUCUAUGCUGAGCCCUCCUUCACCCUGCCCGCCGAUCGGUGCACGCCGAGCUAUAUCCCAACCCCGGUACGCCGAGCCGUCACCAAUGCCGAAAGCGACAUGAUGAGCAUCCCGGAAGGCACAAACCUUGUCACCGCCGAUGACCCGGCCACGGACUCUGUCGACUUUGCUACUGUCACUGGUACCAUGUCCAUUCCCGAGGGCUCUCUUGCCAUUCCCGACGACCCCGUCACCGUCACCGGCGAUACCAUGUCCAUCCCCGAGGGCACCCUCUCCAUUCCCGAGGGCACUUUGCCUGUUCCUACUUCCGCAAGCACCAGCACCAGCCAUGCUGCGACUACGGGAAGCCUCACGGAGCAGACUCGAACCCCUACAGCCACAAUGCCCUCCGGCCGGCCAUCAACGCGGCCUACGGGUACUGCGGCGACUGAAAGCCAGAUGGUGACGCGAACGACGGCAGCGACGACGGCAGCGACGGCAGUGACGACGACGGCGAAGACCGCAUUAGCGCACGCGAACCGCGUCACCGGCCUGCUGCUUGCUGCCGGAAUAGUCGCCGUCUACCUCCUUUAA